CGUAAAACGUCGCCUUCCUCGUCCAUGUGAUGCUACAACUUGAAGCCGGGCUAGUGUGGGGAAGCUAGUGUGCGUUGGUGAGGGAGUAGUACGGGGCAGUUUUUAUAGUUGAUAUCACCUCGUCUUACAAACACUCUUACAAACAUGGACGCAGCCGACGAGUUCAUGAAGUACCGUUCCCCUCUGGUGUCCAGGUAUGCGAGCAAGGAGAUGGCCUACAACUUCAGUGACAGGAAGAAAUUCACCACCUGGAGGAAGCUGUGGAUCUACCUGGCUAAAGCUGAGAAGGCUUUGGGUCUGCCAAUCACAGACGCUCAGAUUCAGGAGAUGGAGAGUCACCAGAAGGACAUCGACUUUGCCAUGGCCGCCGAUGAGGAGCGCAAACUCAGGCAUGAUGUCAUGGCCCACGUCCACACCUUCGCACACUGCUGCCCCACCGCUGCUCCCAUCAUUCACCUGGGUGCUACCUCCUGCUACGUUGGAGACAACACUGAUCUGAUUAUGCUGCGUGAUGGAUUCGACAUCCUCUUGCCUAAGCUGGCCAGAGUCAUUGACAGACUGGCAAACUUUGCAGAGAAAUAUGCAGACCUCCCCACGCUUGGCUUCACGCACUACCAGCCUGCCCAGUUGACCACGGUGGGAAAGCGCGCAUGUCUGUGGCUGCAGGAUUUGACCAUGGACAUGCGGAAUCUGCAGCGAGCCCAUGAUGACCUGCGUUUUAGGGGGGUCAAGGGGACCACAGGUACCCAGGCCAGCUUCCUGCAGCUCUUUCAGGGGGACCAUGACAAGGUAGAGGAGCUCGACAGGAUGGUGACAGAGAUGGCCGGCUUCAAAAAAGCCUACCUGGUGACUGGGCAGACAUACAGCCGGAAGGUGGACAUCGACAGUCUGUCCUGUCUGGCCAGCUUGGGGGCGACUGUUCAUAAGAUCUGCACAGACAUCCGCCUGCUCGCCAACCUCAAGGAGAUCGAGGAGCCUUUCGAGAAGGAGCAGAUUGGUUCCAGUGCCAUGCCCUACAAGAGGAACCCCAUGCGUGCAGAGCGUUGCUGUAGUUUGGCUCGCCAUCUGGUCGCACUGAUGGCCGACCCCCUGCAGACUGCUUCGGUCCAGUGGCUGGAAAGAACACUGGAUGACAGUGCCAACAGGAGGAUCUCCCUGCCUGAGUCCUUCCUCACUGCAGACAUCAUCCUGAGCACUCUGCAGAACAUAACAGAGGGUCUGGUGGUCUACCCCAAAGUCAUCGAAAGACACAUCCGCCAUGAGCUGCCAUUCAUGGCCACAGAGAACAUCAUCAUGGCUAUGGUGAAGGCUGGAGGCAACAGACAGGACUGCCAUGAGAAGAUUCGUGUUCUGUCUCAGGAGGCUGCAGCCGUCGUCAAACAGGAGGGUGGUGACAACGACCUGCUGGCUAGAGUCCAAAAAGACCCCUACUUCGCCCCUAUUCUGGGGCAGCUGGACAACAUACUGGACCCUAAGACAUUUAUUGGUCGUGCUCCCCAGCAGGUUGCCAGGUUUCUGUCUGAAGAAGUGCGCCCCCUGCUGGAGCCGUACAAGGCUAAGAUGGAUGUAAAGAUUGAACUCGAGCUCUAACACUGACACUCAUACUCAAGCCAAGACAAUGAAACACGGUGGGUGGCCUCAAUAAAGAACAAUCACUGAAUAAAA